AUGGUAGGAAAUGUCAUUCGUGGAAUUGGUGAAACUCCCAUCAUGCCCUUGGGCAUUUCCUACAUAGAAGAUUUUGCCAAAUCAGAAAACUCCCCCUUAUACAUUGGGAUUUUAGAAACAGGAAAAAUCACUGGCCCUUUGGUUGGAGUUUUGUUGGGAUCCUUCUGUGCAAGGACUUAUGUAGACACUGGGUCUGUGAAUACAGUUAAUGAAAUAUGGAGGGGGAAUGUUGGAAUAAUCAGAAUGUACCAUUUUAUCCUUAUCUCUGCUCCUCUUCUGGCUGCCAUCUGUAAGCAAUUUAUCACCAUUUACAGACACCUACCUAAGAGGAGCAGAGAUGACCUGACCAUCACUCCCACUGAUACUCGCUGGGUAGGAGCUUGGUGGAUUGGCUUUUUGAUCUGUGCAGGAAUGAAUAUCCUGACAAGCAUCCCGUUUUUCUUUUUUCCAAAAACACUCCCAAAGGAAGGACUAGAGGAUAUUGCAGAUGGACCUAAAAAUGACAAUGAAGAGAAACACAGAGAAGAAGAUAAAGAAGAAAAACAAAAAUGUGGAGUCACUAAAGAUUUCUUGCCAUUCAUGAAGAGCCUGAUCUGCAAUCCAAUUUACAUGCUUUUCAUUCUUACAAGUGUGCUUCAAUUCACUUCAUUUAUCAAUAUUGCUACCUUUAAGCCUAAAUACGUGGAGCAGCAAUUUGGGAAAUCAAAUGCAGAGGCAAUCUUCCUCAUGGGUCUUUAUAACUUAAUUCCAAUAUGCAUUGGUUAUUUGGUUGGUGGUUAUACUAUGAAGAAAUUCAAGAUUACUGUCAGGAAAGCUGCAUAUAUAGCAUUCUUCCUAUUCCUGGCUGAGUACCCUGUAUCACUCUGUAACUUCCUGAUGACCUGUGAUAAUUUCCCAGUUGCUGGCUUAACUACCUCUUAUGAAGGAGUUCAGCCACCUCUUGAUGUGGAGAAUAUGGUCCUCGCUGACUGCAACACAAGGUGUAGCUGCUUAACGAAAACAUGGGAUCCGGUAUGUGGAGACAAUGGCCUAGCAUACAUGUCUGCCUGCCUUGCAGGCUGUGAGAAGUCUGUCGGAACGGGAAUCAACAUGGUGUUUCAAAAUUGCAGCUGCAUUGGCUCAUCAGGAAACUCAUCUGCGGUCCUUGGGUUGUGUAACAAGGGCCGUGACUGUGAUAACAGGAUGCAGUACUUUUUAAUCAUCUCAUUAAUUUGCAGUGUUAUCUAUUCAUUAGAAGCCAUGCCUGGAUUCAUGGUUUUUCUAAGGUGUAUCAAACCUGAAGAGAAGUCACUUGGAGUUGGAUUCCAUGCAUUUUGCACACGAAUAUUAGCUGGCAUACCAGCACCUAUUUACAUUGGUGCUUUGCUAGACAGAACAUGUUUGCACUGGGAAACUUUGAAAUGUGGUGAGCCAGGCGCUUGCAGGAUGUACGAUAUAAAUAGUUUCAGGCGUGUCUACCUUGGGAUGUCUGCAGCACUAAAAGCAUCAAGCUUUCUCCCUGCAUUCUUCAUUCUAAUACUUGUGAGGAAGCUGCAACUCCCUGAGGAAAUCAACUCUUCAGAAUCUAAACCUGCAGAGAUGAAACUCACAGAGAAGGAAGGCGAGUGCAUGGAAGUGCACAGAAGUCCUGAGGUUGACAAUGAUGGAGAACUGAAAACCAAGCUGUAGUGAGUUUUCUUCUGCCCUUCACAAGCCCAUGAAGAGAAUAUACAUUUCACUUGCUCUGAAUGAUGAGAGGUACUAUA